AUGGCUACACUACAACUUGCAUCCUGGGCUACCAAUCUAACAUAUAGCAGCCUCGCCAGCAGUGUGCUUGUAGCUGCUAACAAAUCCUUCUUCAACUGGGCUGGAUGCGCAAUCGGCGGCUUUCCUUUCCAAGCUGCACCGCAGAUUGCACUCAACACCACGCUCUCUGCAUUCUCAGGGGCACCAACGUCUUCGAUUCUGGGUGCCAAUGAUUCCACCUCACGGGUUUUGGGGGAUGCUCAAACUGCAGCUCUGAUAAAUGGCAUUGCCAGCCAUGUUGAUGAUUACGAUGACACGCAUCUCGAGACUAUCAUCCAUCCUGCCGGGCCCGUUGCAAGCGCUCUCUUAGCAGUCGCCGAAGCGCAUGGGCCUAUCAUGGGCCAUGAGUUUAUAACUGCAUUUGUGGCAGUUGGAUUGUCUGUCUCACCAGAGCACUACGAUAUGGGAUGGCACAUUACUUCCACAACAGGGUCCAUUGGCGCAGCCAUCAGCGUAGGCAAACUUCUCGGAUUGAGCACUACGCAUAUGCAACACACUAUCGGAAUUGCUGCUACCCAAGUGGUGGGAAUGCAAGUGUAUUUCGGCUCGGACACCAAAUCUCUCCAUGUUGGCCGCGCCGCACAAGGCGGUAUUCUAGCUGCGCUGCUCGCAAAGAAUGGCUACACGUCUUCUCUCGAAGCCCUCGAAGCCAAACAUGGGUGGCUUCAUAACACCUUUAAACCUUACCCUUGUGGAAUCGUCAUGCAUCCGACCAUUGAUGCUGCCAUCUACCUCCGAAAUGAGGCAAUAUUACAGAGUCUUUCAAUCGAAGACAUCGAUACCGUACAAUUGCGCGUCAACCACGAAGUUCUCAUUCUGACCGGAAAGAAAGAGCCACAAAUUGGACUCGAGGGCAAGUUCAGCAUCUACCACGCUGCCGCGCUGGGUCUGGUUUAUGGAAAAGCGACACCUAGUCAAUUCACCGAUAGUGUUGUCAAAGACCUGGCCGUAAUAAUUGUACGCAACAAGGUCAAUGCGACUGAAGAUGAAGGCGUAUCCCGGUCCGAGGCAUACGUCACUUUGACCUUCAAGGACGGUACAACACUACAAAGGCACAUCGAACAUGCCAAGGGCAGUAUCCAGAAUCCACUUACCGAAGAGGAAUUGAAAGAAAAGUUCAUCGGGCAGGUGAGCCUGACGAUUGGGCCUGAUCGUGCACAAGAUGCGUAUGCAUCAUUUUCAAAUGUGCAGGAAAUGUCCGAUGUUGCGGCCCGGCGCGACUACCAGGUUACAUUGGCCAUUCGAUUGGAAACUUGGCCACUUAUGAUUUUGGUUCUAUCACAUCACGCCAGCGCUGCUUAUAUAGGUGCGGUCUAUUUACAAGAAAUUCUUACUAAUCGUAUCAAUUUCGAAGUUAUUUUAUCCAUGUUCAUGCAUUGUUGUAUAUAUUCUUAUUUGUCGAGCCCACUUGGCUUCAUGUUUAUAUCCUUGGGUUAUUGUUUCACUGCCCCCAUCCUUUCUUCAACCCUACAGUUAAACCAGAGCACCUUAAUGUUUCACAAGUCUAACAACAGUAUAUGA